GUUUGAGUUAGUUGACGGCAGCAGGACAGAGGGAGAGAGAAAAUAAAGCCGCCCCCUCCUUUUAACCCCUUCUCCUGUCUUUUUGCCUCUCUUCAAUUUCUUCUUCUUCUUCUCCUCCAGUGUUUAUGUUUUCUCUCAUUAUUUAUCACUCCCAGUAAUACGUACUCUUUGAAGCCUCAAAUACCAUUUUAGAUUAUGCUACGUGCAAAGCAGCUUGGUACACUUUCUCAGUCAGCGAGGUCUUUUAUUCUUGGUGGUUCAAGGUGUAGUGCAGCAGAUGGAAGUUCAUGCACUUGUUCUGAAGAUGAGACCUGUGUUUCUGGGAGGCCUCAUAGGAAACAUGAAUUGCCACAACGGGCAAUAUCAUCCCCCGUUGUGUCUAGACCUUCGGUAGCAGUAGGUUCUCUCAUUUCAAAAGAUGCUGGAAAAACUGCAGACAAUCAAAAACUGGAUGUUAAGCAUCCAGUCUCGCAGCCCCAAGUCAUACCUGUCUCCAGCUCAAUCAGAAGAGAAAAUUGUGUAAAUUAUGCUGACUUUGAUGGUACUGGUGUAAUGCAUCCAUCACCUCCAAUUGCUGACCAGUUUGUUAAGGCUGGCAUUGCUGCUGUCGGCUUUUUGUCUGAUUUGGUAAGUUAUAAGAUUCCAAUGACAGAUGGAGGUGGAAUUCUUGGCUCACCUCAAAACUCUGUUGUUGAGCAGGCAAAGCCAAUCCAUGUCAGAGCUUCAAAUGUUAAAACUGUAAGAAGAGAAAAAGUCCAUCCACAAUCCCACCCUCAUACCACAGCUGGACCAAGUGCAACAAAUAACUCGAAUGCUUCAAAGGGCAGAGCAGAUAAAUCUACUUCAGUGAAAAGUACUGGUAAUUUGUCAAAUAAUGGAAUGGGAAACUAUGUGGAAGCCAAUGGGAUUGCUUUGGAAUCUUGUGACAGGAAAAGAUCAAUGCCUCAGAGAUCUAAAACCUACCCUAGUCACUUUGUUCCAAAUGUGCACAAUGGAGAAAAAAAGAUAGUCAAAGACAUGACUGAAGGUUUUGCUAGGUCUGUGAGAGAAACUAAGGUACUGAGAGGAGUUGCUCCUAUUGCUAGGGAGUUUUCAGGCUCUGGCCAUGUGGUUGAUAAUGUUUCUCACAUGUUACAGCAGAUGAAGUGGGGACCUGUAACUGAAGAGUCUCUUAGAAAACUCAACUGCUCUCUGGAUGCUUUCCAAGCUAACAAAAUUUUAAAGCAGCUUCAAGAUUAUACCGUUGCUCUUGGAUUUUUCUAUUGGUUGAAAAAGCAACCUGGGUUCAAGCAUGAUGGACAUACCUACACCACCAUGGUUGGUAUCCUUGGCCGAGCCAGGCAAUUUGGGGCAAUAAACAAGUUGCUUGACCAAAUGGUCAUGGAGGGAUGCCAACCUAAUGUUGUAACAUACAAUCGACUUAUUCACAGUUAUGGCCGGGCAAACUAUUUAAAUGAGGCUAUCAAUGUCUUCAACAAGAUGCAGAAGGCAGGGUGUCAACCUGACCGUGUAACCUAUUGUACGCUUAUUGAUAUUCAUGCAAAAGCAGGGUAUCUAGAUGUUGCUAUGGACAUGUACCAGAGGAUGCAAGAAUUUGGGCUCUCUCCAGACACAUUCACUUAUAGUGUCAUCAUUAAUUGUCUUGGGAAAGCUGGUCACUUGGCUGAUGCUCAUAAGCUGUUUUGCGAGAUGGUUAAUCAGGGAUGCGUACCUAAUUUAGUGACAUACAAUAUCAUGAUUGCUCUGCAUGCUAAGGCAAGGAAUUACCAAAAUGCUUUGCAGCUGUACCGUGACAUGCAAAAUGCUGGCUUUGAACCAGACAAAGUGACGUACAGCAUAGUGAUGGAGGUGCUUGGUCACUGUGGCUAUCUGGAGGAAGCGGAGGCAGUUUUUGCUGAGAUGAAAAGGAAGAACUGGGUUCCAGAUGAGCCAGUGUAUGGUCUUCUUGUGGACCUCUGGGGAAAGGUUGGGAAUGCUGAAAAGGCCUGGGAAUGGUAUAGAGCCAUGCUUAAUGCAGGUUUACGCCCUAAUGUGCCUACUUGUAAUUCUCUUCUCAGUGCUUUUCUUAGGGUUCAUCGACUCUCAGAUGCAUAUAACCUGCUUCAGAGCAUGCUUAGUUUGGGGCUCAAUCCUUCUUUGCAAACUUACACCUUACUCCUUAGUUGUUGUACAGAAGCCAAAACAUCAUUUGACAUGUCAUUUUGUUGCCAGCUGAUGGCUGUCACAUGCCACCCAGCACAUAUGUUCUUGUUGUCCAUGCCAGCAGCAGGACCUGACGGGCAGAAUGUGAGGGAUCAUGUGAGCAACUUCUUAGAUUUUAUGCAUAGUGAAGAUAGAGAGAGUAAGAGGGGACUUGUGGAUGCAGUAGUUGAUUUUCUUCACAAGACAGGUCUUAAGGAGGAAGCUGGGUCUGUUUGGGAGGUUGCUGCACAGAAAAAUGUUUAUCCUGAUGCUGUUAGGGAGAAAAGUUCUUGUUAUUGGCUUAUAAACUUGCACGUCAUGUCGGAUGGAACCGCUGUAACAGCACUGUCAAGGACACUUGCCUGGUUUCGUCGUCAGAUGCUUGCUUCAGGGAUUUGUCCAAGCCGGAUCGAUAUUGUGACAGGCUGGGGCAGGAGGAGCAGGGUAACGGGGUCAUCUCUGGUGCGGCAGGCUGUGCAGGAGUUGCUUAACGUGUUUAGCUUCCCUUUUGUCACUGAGAAUGGUAAUUCUGGGUGUUUUGUGGGGUGUGGAGAACCUCUUAGCAGGUGGUUGGUGCAAUCAUAUGUUGAGCGCAUGCAUUUGCUGUAGGUUCUGAUAGGGGGAAGGUUUUGUAUUCCCCCAUCUUCAGGAAAUUUUGUUGUGGAAGAGGAACUUUGAUUGCCUCAGGGAUUAGCAUGUAAUCGUCAUGUACCUAAAUGUUCUUAUUGUGUAGUGUUAAGAUCUAGUUUACAUUAGUUUCUGUCCCCUUCCAGUUGCUUUCACUCAGUAUCAGCUUCAAAUGAGUCCUAAGCGUGAGUCAAAUUUUGCUGGAGUCCUUCCAUUGAUCAUGACAAAUGGAAAGUUUAAAGCCUCUAUGUCUUGAAA